UCCACCUCGAACAGCUGUUUGGUUUGUUUAUCCGCAAACACCUUUUGUCUUUGGGGGCCUUUUGUUUUGAUUGCGCGCUGUUGGGGAAAAAACGCGCGACGUGGAAGCGACGGAGACGGAGAGAGAAACCCCUGCCCCCAGCCCCGCGACACAAAGUGCGCGCCCAUUUCACCCACGAACGCUGCUGAUGAUAGAGCAGCAUCUGGCAGCCACCGCCGCCGCCGCCGCCGUCUUUUGUAGUUUCGUGUGCUGAUCUGGCAAACUGACAACGUCGCUAGAACGAUCUCCUUGCACUCACCUGCCGCAUUGCUUCCAUGCCAACCGAUAAAAUGAACGGACGAUCCAUACGCAUCAACCGGCUGCCGGCCACCAUUGCGGCCAUUCUGGUGACCGUUUUGCUCGUCUACUUCCUCAACUUCCAUCAGGAGGAGCGGCCGGCCAUUUACGGCAUGCUGCGCAGCGACAAUCCCAACAAGGUGAACCUCCGCAAGAUGCUAAUCGCCGCCAUCCAGGCCGCUCAGCGCGGCGGUCUCGAGGUCCUCGACGUGGCCCAUUCCCGCCAGCUGAAGGAGCGCAGCAAGGGCAAGACGGACGAGGGCGUCAAUGAUCCGUUCACGGACGCCGACGGCCGUUCCCACUGCGUCAUGAAGCAGGGCCUCCAAAGGAUAUUCCCUCGGGUCCAAAUCUUUUCCGAGGAGGACAAGGAGCACUGCCGCCAGGCGCACAGCUUCGAUCUCGAUCCCACGGUGCUGCACGAGACGGCCCAGGUGCCCGACGUUGAGGUCAAUGCUCCGGAUGUCACGGUCUGGGUGGAUCCGCUGGACGCCACCAAGGAGUACACCGAGGAGCUGUACGAGUACGUCACCACCAUGGUGUGUGUGGCAGUGGCCGGGCGGCCCAUCAUCGGGGUGAUUCACAGUCCCUUCAACGGCCAGACAGCCUGGGCCUGGGUGGGCAACUCCAUGUCCGAGUACCUGGCCAAUCUGCAUCCCCAGCACUCGCAAAAGUCCGGUGAUCUGUCGCCCAUCAUCACCGUUUCCCGCUCCCACACGGCCGGGGCCAAGGAUCUGGCGCGUGGCAUCUUCGGCGAGGACGUCGGCCUGCUGACGGCGGCCGGUGCCGGGUACAAGGUGCUCCAGGUGGUGGCCAACAACGCCACCGCCUACCUGCACACCUCCAAGAUCAAGAAGUGGGACAUCUGCGCCGGGGACGCCAUCCUGCACGCCCUCGGCGGCACAAUGACGACCCUGAACGACCAACUCAUCCACUACGGACCGGAUGAGUCGCCGGUGAACACGGAGGGUCUGCUGGCGACGCUCGAGCGGCACGAGGAGUACAUGGACAAGUUGGCCAAGUACCGGGCGGCUCACAACGGCAAGCUGGCGUAACUUUUUUUUUCCAAAAAAAAUAAUAAUCCAGUGGGAAGAAGUUGAAAGUAAAUAGCUCCUAAGUUCUAAAGUGAAACCUGUUUUUCGAAAUCUCAAUAAUUUGUAUGUGUGUAUGUGAGAAAGGUUCUACAAUUCUUAUUUUUGCAUAAUCAGGUUGUUGGUUGUGCGGCGGACGGGGUCAUGAACCCGGACUCCAGUUUUCUAAAAAAAAAAAAUAAACUAAUUGUAAAAUAUUAACCAUUUUUUGGUAAAAAAAAAAGUAUAUUUAAGUAUUUGUCACAAAAUCUAUAUUAUUUUACUUAAUUGGCACAAAAUAAAAUAAACAUUAAAAC